AUGGAGAGCAAAGACAAGAACUACUGCUUUUGGGAGCACGGCAUUGGUCUGGACAUUGAGCAGAGCCUCGGGGGGUGCAUGGACAGCACCGAGACCAGCGAAUACUUCACGUCUUUCACUUUGGUUGUCCCUAUGACUUUAAGCGACGUGGCUGGAUUUCUGAGGAGGAAAGAAAGCUGUGCCAAGUGCCAUGAUGAGAAUGGGCCAAGCGCUGAGAAAGCUCUGCUGAAUUUUGAUGGGGGAGCAAAGGAGACCCCUCUGAACACCAAGGAGUGCAACAUCCAAGAUGCCACUGCCAGAUUUUUAAAGAGAGAGAAACUGAUUGUUGGGGAGGAUCUUUCAGAUCUGGCUGAUAAAUUUGAGAAUGAGCUCAGCUUGGCAAAUGGUCCUCCUCUUAUCAAGCCAGUUUAUUCAAAAGCUGGUCUCCAGUGUGCAUCUGAACUCCAAGAAUGCCUCUACCCAGUGGGUUCUAGUGAAAUCAAAUGGAAGCCAGAAACCAUCUGCACCAACCUAUUCUCAGAGUAUCCUGGAUUAGAGGAUUUAAUGAAAAAACAAAUCCAUCCACUUAACAAGGGGGUACUGAUAUUUUCAAGGAGUUGGGCUGUUGACAUUGGAUUGCGGAGAAAACAGGAUGUUGUGUGUGAUGCUCUCUUAGUAGCUGAAAAUGUGUAGCCAGUAUUGUAUACCGUAGUCAAGGAUGCCCCUUCUGCUGAGUCUGAAAACUCAAGAGAAACUGCUUAUGCAUUAAAGCAGAAACUAGUCAAUGAUGGGGGAUAUGCUUCAAAAGUGUGUGUGAUUCCCCAAAUACUGCACCUGAAUGGCACAGAGAAGCAGAUGGAAGUUGCAGAGGAUGACAUUUUCCAGCAAGAGAACCAAAAAAACCCAUGUGGUUAUGGCAGCUUGUACCCAGAGAAUUACAUCCUCACCUCCAGGGACAUCCCCGCAUUCCUGCAUGCACUUGUGAUUGUUGUGCUGUGCUUUAAGUCCUACUUAAGUGACCAUCUUGGCUAUGAGAUUUUCAACCUUCUCACUCUCAAACAGUAUGAGCAGCUCUCCAAGAACCUGCACAAAGCCAAGGAGCAGUGUGUCCUUGGUGUUCCUGGAACAGGGAAAACAAUCAUGGCUUUGAAGAUCAUUGAGAGAAUAAGAAACAUUUUUCACUGUUCCACAAAAGAGAUACUCUACAUUUGU